GAUGCCUCCUGUGCUAUCUAAGAUCUUAGAUGUAAAAUAGUUUAUGUUGAAAUCAACAAAGCGAAAAGUAUGAACAAAUUAAUAAUCUAAUUAGGUGAUCUCAGGAGCUAUUAUAGCAGUCAUUCUAUAUUUACUUAAAAUUAGAUUGACAAAAUCAAAGACUGAAAAUAUGAAAGUUAAGAGAGAUGAAAAAAAGGGAAAGGGUAAUGUUGAUCGCAUGUUCUUAAAGAGGAUUUUCAAAUUACUCAAAAUAGUUAUUCCAAGAUUAAACUCACCAGAAAUUCUAGACUUAAUAUUACUUACGUAAUAUAUACUACUAAAUUAAUAGAGCAUCAUUAGUAGCAAGGACAUUUUUAAGUAUUUAUGUAGCUAAUGUUAAUGGAUAAAUAGUCAGAGCAAUCAUUGAAUAAAACCUAAAUAUGUUUUUAUAGAGAAUACUGAAAUUAGGAGUUGUUGCAAUACCUGCUUCAUUUGUUAAUUCCUUCUUGGAUUAUUUAAAUAAAUCCUUAGCAAUAAGAUUUAGAAAAAGAUUAACAUCACAUUUUCAUGACAUCUAUCUUAAUGAUAUGAUAUUUUAUCAAUUAAGUAAUUUAGAUAGUCGAGUUGCUAAUCCUGAUUAAAGAUUAACAGCUGAUAUUGAAAAAUGGGCUAAUUCAUUAUCCUAAAUUUAUUCCAAUUUUUCUAAGCCUGUUUUGGAUAUUAUUUUGUUCUCUAGAAAAUUGGCUGAAUUAGUUGGAUAUUAAGGACCAAUGUAUGUCAUUUUGUAUUAUCUAAUAUCUGGAUUUUUAUUAAGAUUUUUAAGUCCACCUUUUGGUAAAUUAACAGCUAUUGAAUAAAGACUUGAAGGAGAUUAUAGAGCAUGUCAUAGUGAUUUAGUAUAUCAUAGCGAAGAAAUAGCAUUUUAUAGAGGACAUGCUUGGGAAAAAACAAGAAUCACUAAUUCAUUUAAUAAUUUAAUUGGACAUACAGGAUAAAUCAUACUUAAAAGAUUAUAUAUGGGUGUUUUUGAUAGUAUGUUGGUGAAAUAUGGAGCUGUUAUGGUAGGUUAUGCAGUAGUUGGUUUACCUGUUUUUGGUAGUAGAAGAGAAGAGUAUUUAAAGAGUGUUAAUAAUGAUGCUUCAGCAAUAACAAGAGAUUAUGUUAGAAAUUCAUCUCUUUUAAUUAAUUUAGCCAAAGCUAUUGGUAGAUUGGUAGUUUCAUAUAAGGAAAUUUAAUAAUUGGCAGGAUAUACAACUUUAGUAGCUGAAUUAGAUGAAGUAUUAAAGGAUUUAAUAAAUGGUAAGUAUAUGAGAACAAUGUUGUAAAGUAAUGAAAAUUAACCAGGAUAUUUUGCAUAGAAAUAAUCAUUAGUAUCUAUGAAUAGAGGUUAAAUAGUUGAAACAGAAAAUACAAUUAAAUUUGAAGAAGUCCCUAUUAUAUCACCAAAUAAUGAUAUAUUGGCAUAAAAAAUGACAUUUGAAGUAAAAUAUAAUAUUUAUAUAUAAGAUUCAACCAAAUAUGAAUUGUAUUGUAACAGGUCCAAAUGGAUGUGGAAAAUCAUCAUUAUUUAGAAUUUUAGGUGGUUUAUGGCCAAUUUCAAGUGGUAAAUUAUAUAGACCACAUAUUGAUAAAUUAUUCUACAUUCCUUAAAGACCUUAUUUACCUGCUGGAACAUUAAGAGAUUAAAUUAUAUAUCCACAUACAAAAUUAUAAAUGUUAAGAAAGAAAGUAACAGAUGAUGAUUUAACUGAAUUAUUGAGAUUAGUUCAUUUGGAUUAUUUAGUUGUAAGAGAAGGAGGAUAUGAUAAAUGUAAUGAUUGGAAUGAUGUAUUGAGUGGAGGUGAAAAAUAAAGAAUUGCUAUGGCUAGACUAUUUUAUCAUAAACCAGUAUUUGCCAUAUUAGGUAUAGAUUUUUUAUUAUAUUCUUAGAUGAAUGCACUAGUGCAGUCUCAAUGGAUGUAGAAGCUACCUUAUAUUAAACUGCUAAGAUGUUAGGAAUCACUCUCUUCACAGUUAGUCAUAGACCUUCAUUAUUUAAACAUCAUGAUUAUAUGAUCUAAUUUGAUGGAGAAUAAGGUUGGAAUUUUAAAAAGAUAGAACAUAGUUCAGAAUGA